AAAAUACUUAAAAAAUAACUGGAAGCAUGAUACUAAAUCGGGGUAAAAAUAACAGAAUUGUUUGAUUUUUUAUAUAAAAAAAUAAAAUGGUCUGAACACAAACAAGUAUAAUUAAAUGUCUCGAGGACUAGAAUAACAAGAAAAGGGCCUGAAGGGCCCUUACCAGCAAAAGUGGGCAACUUUGACACAUACAAAAUAUUCUGGUUAUGUAGCCUCGUCUUCUCAUUUCUCAUCUCAAGUGGUCAACUCUCAAGACAAGAACCACUUUGGUUUGGAUCCUGUAUCCAUCCAUGUCUAAUACUUCAGAAGGACUUGGGUACUGGCUCCGAUGGCAAGUCCCAGUUUGUGCUUUAGCUAUCAUCUGCCCAUCUCUUCUUUCCUUUUAUAUAAUCAAGAAGGCAAAGACAGAGCCGCUGUACAUCCAUGAUCUUUGGAAGCCACGCUGGAGAUGUCUUAAUCCUCUUUGGCUUCUCUUUUAUAGAUUUUUCGCUUUUCUUUGCUUGUCUCCCAUGCUUUAUCGGAUAGUUUACUUAGAUGGUGCUUUCGCCUUCUAUUUCUACACUCAAUGGACAUUUAUGUUGAUUAUGAUAUAUUUCGCGCUGGGCACUGUGAUAUCUGCAUAUGGAUGUUGGGUGUCCUUAAAGCAACCAGCUGUGUCUGAACAUGGCGAAAAUUCUGUUUUCUUGAAAAGGGAUGUGGAAGAGGAUGGAACUGCAACCUCUAUAACUUAUAAGGAGAAAAAGAGUGGGGGUACCAUCAAGUUACGAAGUCACUGUGCUGAGGAGGCAAUUCGAGAAAGAGCUGGAUUUUGGGGAUACCUUAUGCAAAUUAUAUACCAGACUUGUGCAGGUGCUGUCAUCCUAACGGACAUUAUAUUUUGGUGCGUUAUAGUCCCUUUUUUAUCAAAUACGCACCUUGGCCUCAAUGCGUUGAUGGGUUGCAUGCAUUCUCUGAAUGCUGUUUUUCUAUUGCUAGAUACCGCUCUCAAUAGCCUUCCAUUUCCAUGGUUCCGCCUUGCAUAUUUUGUGCAGUGGAGCUGCCUCUAUGUCAUUUUCCAGUGGGUUAUUCACGCAUGUGGUUUUACGUGGUGGCCAUAUCCAUUCCUCGAGCUUAACACACCUUGGGCUCCUUUAUGGUAUUUUGCGAUGGCUGUAAUUCACAUUCCUUGUUAUGGAAUAUAUGCACUGAUUUUUAAAGCAAAAAAUACGAUUUUUCCCCGAUUGUUCCCUCGUGCUUUUGUGAGAUCAUACUAGUUUCUUGUUUUUUGACACCCAACUGCUGUUAAAGGUGAUCUCAAUUUUGGUUGUACGUUUAUUUAUUUGAAGAGGGAACACUCGUCCAUUCCCUCAAAAAAUUGUUUUUUAUGGACAAUUUACAGUUGGAUGGAUGAGUAUUGUCCUGAAAUGAAACUCUACCUGCCACCGUUCGCAA